CUAAAGGAAUGACCUGGAGCUACGUUCCAACUGAGUCCAACCCAGCAGACAUUAUUUCAAGAGGAGUUAGUCCGAAGGAGCUGUUGAACAUGGACUUAUGGAAAUACGGACCAUCUUUUCUUGCCAGCAGUCAACAUAACUGGCCGAAAUCUCCUCUUCUACCAAUAAAUGACUGCCCGGAAAGUCGAAAGCAUGCUGUUGUAUUUGUUACCACAGUAGACAUUUCAUUAAACUGCAAAUUUGUUAUUUCUUUUGUUCGCUUACAGAGAGUAUAUGCCUACGUUUAUCGAUUUUCUCGACCAGCUGUAAGGAGAUGUUCUGGAUUCCUCACCACCAUGGAAUUACAAGAAGGAACCUUUUUGCUUAUUCGCAUGAUACAGAAAACACAUCUUCGAGACAAGUACAAAGCACUCGAAGCUAGAGAGGUGGUAAAGACUUCAUCUGAAAUUCGUUCGCUUAACCCGUUCCUCGACGAGCGUGGAUUGCUUCGAGUCAGCGGAAGACUUCAAAAUUCGGAUUUGGAGUUUUCAUCGAAACACCCAAUUAUUCUGCCAAAACGUCACCCGGUGACUGACGCAAUCAUCAGCAGUUUUCAUAGAAAACUGUUACACGCUGGACCACAAUCGCUAUUGGCAUCCAUUCGUCUGCAAUACUGGCCUGUGGGCGGUCGCAAAACCGUGAAUCGAGUCAUCAACAAAUGCAUACGUUGUUUUCACGUCAAACCUAAACUAAUGGAACACUUAAUGGGAAACUUACCAUCUGAAAGAGUUCAAUGCAAUCGAGCAUUCCUAAUUACCGGAGUAGACUUUUGUGGACCAUUUUUUUACAACUCGGACGUUAGAAACCGACCUCCAGGUAAAUGCUACGUUUGCAUAUUUAUUUGCUUCGUAACCAAGGCGGUUCAUUUGGAGCUGGUGAAAGAUUUGUCAACCUCUUCCUUUAUCGCAGCCCUAAAUAGAUUCAUUUGUAUGCGUGGUAGACCGCAAACCAUAUGGUCGGACAAUGCCACUAACUUCGUUGGUGCAAAGAAUGAAUUAUUGGAGCUGAGGAACUUAUUUUUGAGUCAACAGCAUUUGAAAGUAGUUCACGAGCAGUGCGCAAAUGAUGGGAUUGAUUGGAAGUUGAUACCCCCUCGCUCCCCUCACUUCGGUGGCUUAUGGGAAGCCGCAGUAAAAAUGGCCAAAUAUCAUUUUCACCGAGUUGUUGGCCUUUCAACGCUAAAUUUUGAAGAGCUACGCACACUUAGAGUCCUGCACACUUCCUUAUCGGCGCCUCCUUCUCUUCAAUAGUGGAACCUGACAUAACCGAGCUCAACAUAAAUCGACUCAGCAGAUGGCAGCGCAUAUGCUACAUGCAACAGCAAUUCUGGAAGAAAUGGCAUGCCGAAUAUUUGACACUUCUUCAGCAACGCCAGAAAUGGUAUUCGCCGUCAUCAAACUUAAAGCCUGGAGA